CUCAAACCGAGCAGACAACACUGAGAUCUGGAGGAGAAAACCCUCAGCUGGAGUGUUAAUCUCAUUCUAUCUUCUACCUCCAUUACGCACAGGUUGGUGCGUGUUUGCGCAUUGGAUCAAGUGGUGCCAUGAGACCUGUGGGGGAGGUUUGGACUUGGUGUCGGCUAUGGGUGAAGUAAUCAGGAGGGCUGGAGCACAGGGACUCUAGAACCGGAUCAACAGGAGUGUGCGGAUCCCUCUGGAUACUUUAAAAACACGCACAAUGCCUCCACAAGGAUCAUAAGCAGAGGAGGAUCUGUGCGCACUACUUCUUCCCUUUCCUUUCUUUUCUUUUCUUUGUAAUGCUUUGCACACAUCAGAGGGCUGAACCCAAUGAGAGGUCUGUCCGGUGAGGUAGUCGGUAGAGAGCCAGAGCCGGGAUUACGCACCAGGUCGGGGAGGCACCAUGUGGAGGUGGAGGACGCUGCUGAGCUGCGUGCUGCUGGAGACGCUCCUGCUGCACACUGCCAGAGGUCUUAACAUGUGUAUGAGUGGCAGCGCUACGUCCUGUGAAGAAUGCCUCCUGAUCCACCCCAGUUGCGCCUGGUGCGCACAAGAGGAGUUCGGGAGGGGGCGGUCUCUCACAUUGCGGUGCGACUUCAGCCAAAACCUGCAGAAGAGAGGCUGCGAGGCACGCUUCAUUGAGUAUCCCACCAGCAGCGUCUCGGUCCUGCAGAACAUGCCUCUGAGUUCUAAAGGGUCCGGGUCGACCCAGUACGAUGUGGUCCAGAUCAUGCCUCAGAAGAUCUCUGUCAGCCUGCGGCCAGGAGACCAGACGUGGUUCGGGCUGCAGGUGCGGCAGGUGGAGGACUACCCAGUGGAUCUCUACUACCUGAUGGACCUCUCUCUUUCCAUGAAAGACGACCUGGACACCAUCCGUAACUUGGGCACCAAGCUGGCCCUGGAGAUGGGCAAGCUCACCAGCAACUUCAGGCUGGGCUUCGGCUCCUUCGUGGACAAAAACAUGUCCCCCUUCUCCUACACAGCGCCCAAGUAUCAGGAGAAUCCAUGCAGUGGAUACAAACUGUUCCCCAACUGUGUCCCCACCUUCGGUUUCCGCCACAUCGUCUCCCUGACGGACAAAGUGGACCGUUUUAACGAGGAGGUGCAGAAGCAGAUGGUGUCUCGCAACCGGGACGCGCCAGAGGGCGGAUUCGACGCCAUCCUGCAGGCUGCUGUUUGUAAGGAGGAGAUCGGGUGGAGAAAAGAAGCCUACCACCUGCUGGUGUUCGCCACAGACGACGUUCCUCACCUCGCUCUGGACGGCAGGCUGGGAGGCCUCGUCCAGCCCCACGAUGGAAAGUGUCACCUGGAUGACAAGAACGAGUACAGCGCUUCCACAGAGAUGGACUAUCCCUCUCUGGCUCUUCUGGGGGAGAAACUGGCCGAAAAUAACAUCUUCCUCAUCUUUGCCGUCACAAAACGGCUCUACGUUAUUUACAAGAAUUUCACAGCACUCAUACCUGGAACUACAGUAGAAAUCCUGGACCAGGACUCUAAGAAUGUAAUUCAGCUGAUCAUCGCGGCUUACAAUAACAUCCGCUCUAAAGUGGAGCUGUCAGUGUGGGAUCACCCAGAGGACAUCAGCCUUUCCUUCACCGCCACCUGCCAGGACGGAAAGCCGCUGCCGGGCCUCAGGAAGUGCGCCGACUUGAAGAUCGGAGACACGGUGUCGUUCAACGUGAGCGUGGAGGCGAGGAGCUGCCCUCCCCGCGGCGCCGACCAGAGCUUCACCAUCAAGCCUGUGGGGUUCAAAGACCGUCUGGAGGUGUCUGUGGAUUAUCAGUGUGACUGCGGCUGCAGCCGGACGGCGCAAACCAACAGCAGCAUCUGCAGCUCCCUAGGUACUUAUAACUGCGGGACCUGUCGCUGUGAGCCGGGCUACCUGGGCGCCCGCUGUGAGUGCCAGGAGGGCGAGGCCAGCAGCAUGUACGCCAGCGCCUGCCGGGAAACCGCGGGCAAGCAGGUCUGCAGCGGGCGAGGAGAGUGCAGCUGCAACCAGUGUCUGUGCUACGAGUCGGAGUUCGGCAAGAUUUACGGCAGCUACUGCGAGUGUGACGACUUCUCCUGCGCCCGGCACAAAGGCAUCCUCUGCUCAGGUCACGGUGAAUGUCACUGCGGGGAGUGCAAAUGCCACGCCGGCUACGUCGGCGACAACUGCAACUGCUCCACGGAGACGUCCUCCUGCAUCGCCGACGACGGCCAGAUGUGCAGCGGGCGAGGCAGCUGCGUGUGCGGCCGCUGCCAGUGCACCGAGCCCGGGGCCUUCGGGGACACCUGUGAGAAAUGCCCCACCUGCCCCGACGCCUGUGGCACCAAAAGGGAGUGUAUCGAGUGCCGGCUUUUCAACUCGGGACGUAUCGCAGACAACCAGACCUGCCAACGCCUGUGCAAGGAUGAAAUCAUCACUGUGGAGACCCUCGACACGGAGGACCCCGGUGCCGUUCUUUGUCUCUAUAAGACAGACAACGAUUGUGUCAUGAAGUUCACGUAUUCCGAGCACGCCAGCGGGCAAUCCAUCCUCACCGCUCUCAAAGAGCCAGAGUGCAGUGGUGGGCCCGACGCUAUGAUGGUGCUGCUGGCCGUGGUCGGCAGCAUCCUGCUGGUGGGGGUGGUGCUGCUCGCCGUCUGGAAGCUGGUGAUCACCGUUCAUGACCGGAGAGAGUUUACACGCUUCCAGAACGCACGCUCACGAGCCCGAUACGAGAUGGCCUCCAACCCUCUGUACAAGCAGCCCGUGACUACACAUUUCGUAGAGACAGAUUUCAACAUGUAUGGGAAGUCCUCCUUCAACGGAGGGGUCCACUGAUCCGUCAGCACGGGGCGCGGCAGGACCGGUCCGACACGAACAGAUCCCCGGAGGACGGGUCGGGAGGUGGACGGCGGACUGAAAUGAACUAGACUGUGUCCGAGGAGAGGGGGGGGAGUGGUACUAUCUGUGGCCUUUUUUUAAAAUCUUUACGCAGGAGAUUCAAGCCUACAGCCGCAGAGAUGAUGUGACUUUUUCUUUUUCCGCAUCUGUGUGUUUUUCGCUGACAGCAGUGGAAGUUGGUGGAAGAGCAACGAAGCACGAACUCCUCGGUCUUGUUUAGAGAGAGAGAAAGAGAGAAAGAGAGAGAGAGAGUAGAGUUAGCGGUGAGUUUGUCUGCAGUUACACAAAAUAAACAAACUCUCAUGAAAACCACGACUCCAACCACAUAAAACCACCUUUCAAUCUUUGCACAGAGCAGGCAGGACAUUGGCUUAUAUUUGUAUAUUUUUAUAAACACUAAAAAUGCCUUUUUCUUUUUUUUUUUUUUGUAUAAACUUUGCACCCAAAAGGACUCUGAAUAAAUUUCACUCCACAUCAGACCAUUUUAAAUUCACAGGAUAAUUGAAAAGUUUUCUAAAGGUGGCUAUGAUGACGUUGUGGUACUACUAACAUUUACUAAGCAAUAGACUUCUUACCCUCGUUUUGCACAGAGAAUAUUAAGAGUCAAGUAAAGAUUUAAGUUUUCUUCUAUGUUGUGUGUGUGUGUAUGUUUGUGUGUGUGUGUGUGUGUUAUUGUGCGCUCCAGUUGACCUCCCUUCGAUUACCCUGAAGUGUGGGAUUUCAAACUCACUCCCAGCCUUUUAACACUGAAAUGAAGCAGCAGGUAUUUCUCUAUAUUUGUCUUUUUGUCGGCAAAUGCAAAGAGCAAAACCAACAAUGUGCUCGUCCCUCAAUAGUCUCAGUUGUGCAGGGAUGACAUGUUUUUUGUAGCUCAACUGAGAAGUUAGCAUCGCACUGGUUCCCUCAACAAAAAGUGAGAUUAUUGGAUUAUUGCAGAAGAUAUGCUCUGAAGCAAACAAACGUUUAUGAUACUUACACGUUUUGUUUAGCAAUCCAGUUUUAGGACUCAUUCCUGCAGCCUCAUUCAGAGUAUUAACAUAAAAGCAAACAACUAUUUUCUAUGUAAAGAUCUAAAGAUAUAGUGGAGUAAUGAAGUCACUCUCCCUUUGUGUAUGUUUGUGGCCGACCUUCUCUGUUCCUGUUGACGUAGCCGAGCCUCUUAUGCGUGGUUUCAGUGCAUGUUGAGAGCUGUGUGGAGGCAAUUGCAAUGCUCUGAAAUUCAUAUUGAGCACCUUAAAAUUAUGUCACAUAUAUAAAGUUACAUUUUCAGAAUCUUUUCGCUAAAACAGCGGGGCGCUGUGUUUUUUAGGUAAACAUUAAUUAAAUACGAGGAAAGUUUGUUGGGGACUAUUUUCAGCAGUGGAUUAAUACACAUUUGGAGCUCUUGUGAGUAUUUGCAGUAAAGCUAAAGCAAUUGCACGCAUUAAAUUGAUCUGCAGGUGUUUUUCUAAUGGAUUAAUCAUUAUUUCUUUCUCAAAAGCACAAAGUAUUGUCUUGUUCCAGUCAGUGCCCGAAUGUUCUGCUUUUCCCUGUUUUAUUUUAAAUUGAAUAUCUUUUGGAAUCGGACAGUUGGCCGGACAAAACAAACAAUCUGAAGAUGUCACUGUGGGCAUUAGGGACAUUUUGACAGGCUUUUUUUUCUGUUUUUACUAUUUUCUGUUGGUUUUUUUUGACCAAACGAUUAAUCAAAAACAAAUUGGUAGAUUAAUCUAUGAUUAAAAUAAUAAAUCGUU